AUAAGAGCAAUGUGCUCUGAAAUUUCUGCCCAGAAAUGCGGAACGAGCGGAUUGAGCGCGUCGAGAGCGUGUUGUUUGAAUACGGGGUCCGGUUCCGAAAGGAGGGCAAGUACACCAGCAGCAGACGACUGACGGACCAUGGUGAUGGAGGUGGGUAGGUACUUUCGAGUUGAGAGAAGGACGCGUCAGCUCGCGUCGAAUUGAUGGCGUCAAGCUGGUGGCUCCAAUCAGGACCACACAAACAUGUCUUUCCUUCCACGCCGAGCACUCCUCCGGUCCUCCCCUGCUGUGCGGGCCUACUCCGAGACUGCUGUUGAGCAGGCCCGUGCUCAAUGGCUUGCUAACCAGCAAGCUAUCGAACACCAUGCGCUGUGUAAAUCUACAUGUCCUUCCUGUUCUUCCCGAUCGAAGGGGCUCAACGUUUCUCUCAGCUACAGCUGAAUUAUGGCGGAAGAUGAGGUGGGUUUCAUCCGCCCGAGUAUUCGCUUGUGGGACUGAAGUCAUUCCAGCUACUAUGUCUGCAUUCCUGCCCGUCCGUUAUCUUCCGGCCUCUCCGUCAUAUUUACCUGACGUUGUCUGGCUAGUUGCAAUCUUUGGUACCUACGUCUACAACGUGGAAAUCGAGCAUAAGGCGCACAACGCUCACCUGAUGGCUGAAAACGAUGGAAAGCUCCCCCAACCGCCUCGCUUCGAGUACCUCAACAAGCGUAACAAGCCUUUCCCGUGGGGCAUGAACUCGCUGUUCUUCAACUCAUCGAUGCAGCGAGACAUGACCAUUGAGGACUAGAUUACGAUCAUGUGCAUCAAUCACAUCGCCAAAUACAAUUUCGUCCGAUAGAUGAUAUCUACGGCGUGAUACUCAGCCCUGCAUAUGCUUAGCCUGGCGCUCCUUGCGGAACAAGGCUUGGGCGAGGGCAACCAGCUGCAGGAUGCUCUCGGAACGAGCCUCCAUGUUCAUCACCGCCUUGUCUGACCUCUGACGCAGCGCCAGGACAAACUGGUCUCCAUCUUUGCCUUGGCCGUCGAGAAUCGGCUCAUCUCGGUUUCGGGGUAUCGGUUGAUGCGUCGUUCCAGUCAGCUCAGAUAUCUCCUCGUCGGCGUCGUCGAGCUGUUUCAUGUACGACAGUUGCAUGCGCGCAAGCUCCUUUGGUCGCAUGGCGAGUAUGGCCGAGGUCGGCCGACCCAACGCGAGCU